GGUGUUUUCUUCGUCACCUGUGCCUUUUUAUUGCAUCUUCGCCCACUUGGCUAUGUUUCAGUGACCUUCACUUGGUGCGAAACAUCACCGGGAUUUGUUAGAAACCUUACAUCCCGCUCUCAUCAGGGAUCACUGGGCUACCACAUUGCCUGCCAACGGACCGGCAUGUGGAAACUGAAGACAUCGUCACCAAGAAGGACCAAAGAGACGCGAUAUGCAGGCAGCUUAAGACGCAGCGCAAGGCUCCAGAGGCGGCUGCAGUUGGAGACUAGCAUAGAGCCUCAACUGAGCGGGGUGCAGUCUAAAGCGAGCACAGGGAAGCUUCUGGCAACUGAGCCUGUGGGAUCGUCGCGGCGAGCGCGCCUGACAAAAGAGAACCUCACCCUGCUCAACGAGAUGGGGAGAAGGAAGUGGACCAGAGGAACCAACAGCACUCAAGCUCCACAAAACGGCAUUCUCAACCAGGUCCAUUCCAAGCCCCCGAAGAACCUCGAGGACCGCCGCAAAGGAUUCGCCCGAUCACGAAAAACCGCGUCGCCCCAGAGUGUCCAGCUUCUCAAGACGCACAGCGAUCCGGGCUAUCCACGAGCCUUCAACCAGGCCUUUACCGCCUUCCCGAGAAAUACCGAGUUCAACAACGGCUUAUCCGCUCCGCAGCCCGACUUUUGGACGACUCGUUUUUCUGUCGCGCUGCCGCAUAUCGCCGGCGAGUGGAAGGGCCGCGGGAAAGACAUGGACGAAGCAAAGAUGCAGAGCGCGUACGACGGGGCUGCCCUCACCUAUGCCAGGAACCAGGCAUUGUCGUACCUGGGGAAACCCCGCCCCCCCAACGGCGUACUCGAGUAUCAUCAGUAUCCGACCGCGUCUACCAAUCUGACCAGUUCGUAUGAAGACAUCAAGAAGGGUUGGAGACACCUAUCGUACGCAUUGCGGGAUUAG